AUGUAUGCACCUGCUAUUGCAUUUGAAGCAGUAUCUGGUUUCAAUAUUUGGGGAAGUAUUCUCUCAUGCGGCGUUGUUUGCGUUCUUUACACAACUUUUGGUGGAUUCAAAGGAAUCGUAUGGACGGAUGUGUUUCAAUCAUUCGUAAUUGUAAUUGGUGUCAUAGCUGUCGUUAUUAGAGGCGUUAUGAUAAAUGGAGGAUUUGCAGAAAUUUGGAACGCCGCUUAUGAAGGAGGAAGAAUCGAUUUUGUGCAUUUCGAAACUGAUGUUCGGAUUCGACAUACAUUUUGGUCAGUGGCGUUAGGCUCUCUCAUAACCGCCACAGCUGCGUACGGAACGUCUCAAACAGCCGUUCAGAGAUUUUUGAGUUGCAAAAGUCUGAAAGAAUCACAAAUGACUGCAGUGGUAAACGUCGUUGGCCAUAUUUUAUUGUAUGGAAUAUCGUUCCUAAUGGCAAUCGUUGCUUACUCGCAUUACAGAGGAUGUGAUCCGCUUGAGCGAGGAUGUAUCAGCAAAAUUGAUCAGAUUAUCCCACUCUUUGUAAUGGAUGUAUAUCAUAACUACUACGGGAUACCCGGGCUGUUUCUCGCCUGCAUUUUUGCUGCGACAUUAAGUACGAUUUCAUCAACGAUGAAUGCAUUGGCAUCAGCAGCAAUGGAUAAUAUUGUUACACCUUAUACGAAAUUUAACGAGCGAACUCAAUUUUAUAUCUCCAAAGGAAUGGUAUUUUUCUUCGGAGUUGUUUGCAUCGGAAUCGCGUUAUUAAUGACAAAUGCAUCUGAAUUAUAUGAAGCAGCUCUCAGUUUAGCAACAAUCACCCUGGGACCCCUACUAGGAUUAUUUACUCUGGGAAUGCAAUUUCCCUUCGCAAACUGGAAGGGAGCUUCUGGUGGUGUGAUAUGUGGUAUUGCUUCAGCGGCAUGGCUUUAUAUCGGGAGAAAAAGCAUAACACAGUCAAACGAUUUUGUGAGAAAAAUGGAACUUACUGCAGAUCAAUGCAAUUUUACAUGCAGUGGAGAGGAGAUAGUAACUAACUACACUACUCUUGGUUACUGGACAAAACCAGUAGAAGCAACUACAGUUCCAGAAAUUUAUGAUGAUGAUGUCCCGUUUUAUACAUUGUCUUAUCGAUACAUCGGCGUUGUUGGUCUUAUCGGUUGCAUAAUCAGUGGCUGUAUCAUCAGUCUUCUAACAGGUGGAUGGAGAGAUCGCCACAAGGUAAAUCCGAAGUUAUUGAGACCACUUUUCGAUCUCUGGAUUUUCAGAAUAUGGAUUCCGGAAAAAGUCAGAAAGUUUCUACGAUUUGGAAUUGAAUGGAGUGAAGAUGACAAGGAUGAUGAGUUUGAAACAAAACCAGAAAAAAAUAAAAUAGAUGAAUGUAUUGGAGUUUAUUCAGUGAAAAUUGAUCCUGACAACGUAAAUGCAGACGUCCGUUUUGAGGAUGCUGAACACGCCGUAAAAAUGAGAAGUUUGUAAACAAAUGAAAACGUCAAAAACCGUUAGAUAUCCAUGAAGAAAUAAAUAUACAAGCUACUCUUAUUUAAUGAUUAUUUUUCCUUGUAUCAUUGAAUACCACUUUUCCAUUUUCAGCAGCCUCUCACUAAAAGCUGCACAUAUUUACACUUCAUAAUCAAACCUCAUUUUUCAUAGUUGACUAUUAAAGCACUCACAAUAUAUUUACUUCAUCAGAACAUUGUGAUCCUC